CUGUACUGUUUCUACUGAGAGGACGUCUUUAUCUGUCCUGUUUCUACUGAGAGGACGUCUUUAUCUGUCCUGUUUCUACUGAGAGGACGUCUUUAUCUUUCCUGUUUCUGUUUAGCGGACGCCUUUACAUUGUAGCGUGCCUGGAUAAGUAGACAAGUUGGUCCUCGACUAAAGACUCGAACCCUUUAGUCGACCGCUUAACGUUGUCGCUUGCGGAGCGGGAGCCACGGGUUCGCUUCCCGGCUGCGGCGGUUCCCCGACUGCCCCCUUAAUUCGUUGCAAUGUUUUCUAUUUCUAUUUAGCGGACGCUUUUAUGUUUCUAUUUCUAUUUAGCGGACGCGUUUCUAUUUCUAUUUAGCGGACGCUUUUAUGUUUCUAUUUCUAUUUAACGGACGCUUUUAUGUUUCUAUUUCUAUUUAGCGGACGCGUUUCUAUUUCUAUUUAGCGGACGCUUUUAUGUUUCUAUUUCUAUUUAGCGGACGCUUUUAUGUUUCUAUUUCUAUUUAGCGGACGCGUUUCUAUUUCUAUUUAGCGGACGCUUUUAUGUUUCUAUUUCUAUUUAGCGGACGCUUUUAUCCACCAAAGCGACGUACUAAGGGGGGUCAACAGAACACAGGCCGGUACCGAUAGUAACCCGCCGGUCCGGGCUGAGCAGGAAGGGCGGUUGAGGUGACUGAGCAGCGGGUCCUCCGUGGCCGUGUAAAGGAGAAGCCGGGGUGACAUGGCGGCCACCGCCUUUAACAACACGCCUGCGUUUUAACCUUCAGUGGCAAUUUCACUCAAACGUUUCCCGACUUGAGUUACGUCACUAUGCCCGACGAGCUGACGUGUGCAACUAUGCAGCAUGACACCGAGGAGCGGAAGAGGAACCGGGGAGCCAAGAGCUUUGGAAACAUCUCCUGGGAGCCCUAAGGGCGGCUGCUGGCAUCCCGCAGCGUCCUGAUGCCAAACAAUGCUUAUUUCCUGCUGCUUGGCUGGACCGGACCGGACCGGACCGGACCAGCGGGCCGGCGCUGCAGACGCGAAUGUGGCGGACUGACUGAGUGGUCAUGUUUGACAUGAUUGGGCCGCUGGAUCAGGUGACCGACGACGUCACUGACGUUACACGAUUGGUCGGCUGGACGGCUGGCUGGAGUGGCUGUUUGGAGGGGGCGUGGCCUGCUGGUGUAACGGAGACUGCAGCGGUUGGUCGGCAGUUCAACUACACAGCUGAGGAGUACCAGGCAGUUCAGCGGGCUCUGCGGCAGAAGCUGGGACCAGAGUACAUCAGUACCAGAGUAGCUGGUGGGGGGCAAAAGGUGUGUUAUGUUGAAGGGCAUCGCGUCAUCAGCUUGGCCAACGAGAUGUUCGGGUACAACGGCUGGUCUCACUCCAUAUCCCAACAGAAUGUCGACUUUGUGGACCUCAUCAACGGGAAGUUCUACGUUGGAGUCAGUGCAUUUGUCAAAGUGGAAUUGAAGGACGGAUCGUACCAUGAAGAUGUGGGCUAUGGAGUGAGCGAAGGGUUGAAGUCCAAAGCACUGUCACUAGAGAAGGCGAGGAAGGAGGCGGUCACCGAUGGGAUGAAGAGAGCCCUGAAAUGUUUUGGCAACGCCCUUGGAAACUGCAUCCUGAAUAAGGAGUAUCUCAUCGCCAUAAACAAGAUCCCCAAACAGCCUACGCCUCCUCUCAACCCAGCUGAGACCAAGCGCUCUGACACCGAGCCCUUGGUGGAGAAGGCGCGGUUCUCCAGCCUGGUCCAGGAGGAAAAAUCAUCAUCAGCGGUGAGAUCGGUAAAGACCCCUCUGGAGCCCAAAGUCCUUAACCGAGACCGAAACCAUUCAGGGGCUCGGGGGAGCGGGACAGAAGCCAGAUCACCUCUCCCUCGCUCGCCUGACGUCAGCCCCGUACCUGCAUUUUCACAUUCAGCAGCUGAAGCUGAUGUGAAGAGUGAGAACAACGCCGGUGUCAGGCUGGCGGCCAACUCUGGGGACGUUGUCCUACCUGAAACACACACAGACCCCAAACAGCUGAGGAAACUCAGGCAACAACAGCUCCAACAGAAGUUUAGGCAAGAGAUGGAGGCCAAGAAGCUGCACCAGGAACAGGGUCUGGAUCAGGGCCAGUUUAAGUUUCAGGAUACCGAGACAACUAUUCGACCAGCAUCCGUCGGAGGUCAUAUCAGCUCCCCACGCCGGCUGGAUGUACCCACACUGAACCACAGCACCCCUCACAGACACAGAGAGCCCAGCAGCAAGGACGAGUGUGUUGCAGAUGAUCCUGAGCUUUGGGAUUUCUCCCUGGACGCGAUUGAAGGGUUGGACGGCCUUGGAGGUCAGCCAUCAAGAGGUGCCAGGCCCCAACCGCCCGGGCCUCACCAGAUGCAGACGCGCAGCAUGACCCCUCAGAGAGGCCCGCCGCUCACCCCGAGAGCCCCAGACAGGCCUGAGCACCAAGCCAGCCCGCAUGAUGGAACACAGGGAGACCACACCAAGCACAGAAUUCAGCACCAGAAUCAGGCGAGGCCAGGUCACAUCUCGAGUCCGUAUAGACAAGGGCAGUACAUGAAGAAACGGAAACUGGACAGCUGAAAUUUAAGGAUUUUAUCUUCUACUUCAAAGCUAGUUUUAUGAACUCGGGUUUAUGCUUGGAGUUUUAUGGACGCUGUGAUUUUGAAAAUGUGUUUCUAUUUAUUGUGCGUACCUUCGUGUUGAUAUUGUAGUUGCUGACAUUGCUUUUAUGGAUCAGUUUUGUAAAAAUGCUAGAACGUCUGCUUUUGUAAAAAAUAAAUUACC